AUGUUGCAGUGCAUUUUUCUGCUAUCAGAUUCUGGUGAGGUAAUGCUGGAGAAACAGCUUACUGGGCAGCGUGUGGACCGUUCCAUAUGUGCAUGGUUUUGGGAACAUACCAUUUCUCAAGGUGAUUUCCCCAAGCUGCAACCAGUGAUUACUUCACCAACCCAUUAUCUUUUCCAAAUUCUUCGCGAGGGGAUAACGUUUUUAGCAUGUACGCAAGUUGAAAUGCCGCCUUUGAUGGCAAUUGAGUUCCUUUGCAGGGUAGCUGAUGUCCUUUCAGAUUAUCUCGGUGGCUUGAAUGAAGACUUGAUAAAAGAUAACUUUGUCAUCGUAUAUGAGCUUCUGGAUGAGAUGAUUGACAAUGGCUUCCCUCUCACUACAGAACCUAAUAUUCUGAGAGAGAUGAUUGCUCCACCAAAUAUAGUUAACAAGAUGUUGAGUGUUGUGACAGGCAACAGUUCCAACAUGAGUGACACACUUCCAGGUGCAACAUCAUCUUGCAUUCCAUGGAGAACAGCAGACCCGAAAUAUGCUAACAAUGAAGUUUAUGUUGAUCUUGUUGAAGAAAUGGAUGCAAUUGUAAACAGGGAUGGGGUCCUGGUGAAGUGCGAGAUAUAUGGUGAAGUGCAAGUGAACUCCCAUCUCUCAGGUGUUCCUGAUUUGACUCUUUCAUUUGCAAACCCUUCUAUUCUUGAUGAUGUAAGAUUCCAUCCAUGUGUUCGAUUUCGCCCUUGGGAAUCCCAACAAAUUCUGUCAUUUGUGCCUCCUGACGGACAGUUUAAACUGAUGAGCUACAGGGUUAGAAAGUUGAAGAGCUCUCCAAUCUACGUAAAGCCCCAGCUAACCUCAGACGCUGGGACAUGUCGUGUGAGUGUGUUGGUUGGAAUACGAAAUGAUCCUGGAAAGACAAUUGAUUCAAUAACUGUGCAAUUUCAACUGCCUCCAUGCAUUUUAUCAGCUGACCUGACUUCAAAUUAUGGAACAGUGAACAUUCUUGCUAAUAAGACUUGCUCGUGGUCAAUUGGGCGGAUUCCUAAAGACAAAGCCCCUGCAAUGUCUGGAACAUUAGUGCUUGAGACAGGAUUAGAGCGCCUUCAUGUGUUUCCCACAUUUCAAGUGGGUUUUAGGAUCAUGGGUGUUGCUCUAUCUGGCUUGCAAAUAGAUAAACUGGAUUUGAAAAAUCUACCAAAACCGCCUUACAAGGGUUUUCGAGCUCUCACUCGAGCAGGGGAAUUUGAAGUCAGGUCAUAA